AUGCCACAUCUCUUCCAGUAUCUGACCAUUGCGACGAUCUCGCUCGUGACAGGAUGCUGCAUAGGAGCACUGAUUGCUCCUGUUUAUGGGCCGUCGCCUGUGUCAUCGCCUUUCCAGAGUUUACUUAGCACCGCUGGCAGUUCAGAGACCCCGUCUUCAGCAGAGGGCCUGAGCGACGACGAGGACCAGGACGGCGUAGCCAUUGACUCGCGGCCGCUGAACGAGAUUCCCGGUGAAUGUCGCAUGGCCCUGGUGAUUCGGGCUGAUCUGGGCAUGCAGAAGGGCAAGAUUGCUGCCCAGUGCGCGCAUGCUGCCGUUGCCUGCUACCGGCUGAUGUCCGAGCCGGGCUCGGAGGCACAGAACCUGCCGCUUCUACAGCGUUGGAACAACCGCGGUCAGGCCAAAAUCACGCUCAAAUGUUCCGGCAUGGACGAGAUGGACACUCUUUUCGCCAAGGCCAUGAGUCUGAACGUGAAUGCGUACAUUGUUCACGACGCCGGCCGGACGCAAGUCGAGGCCGGCUCAGCAACUGUGCUGGGGCUAGGACCGGCACCGAAACCCGUGCUAGACCUCAUCACAGGGGACCUAAAACUAUAUUAG